AUGGGUGCCAGCUUGGUGCCUGAGGCCCUGGAUGCUAAUCUGAUACUGGGGUAUCCUCCUCUGAGUCCCAAGUACAAGGAAUCCUUUGAUGUGGGCUGUAACCUCUUUGCCAAGUUUUCUGCAUACAUUAAGAAUACACAAAAGGAUGCAAAUAAAAAUUUUGAAAAAUCUCUACUCAGAGAAUUUAAGCGUCUGGAUGAAUACUUAAACACCCCACUUUUGGACGAAAUUGAUUCAGACAAUGCUGAGGAACUCACAGUUUCCAGGAGAUUGUUCUUGGAUGGGAAUCAGCUGACACUGGCUGACUGCAGCUUGUUACCCAAACUGAAUAUUAUUAAAGUUGCUGCCAAGAAAUACCGUGACUUUGACAUUCCAGUAGAAUUCUCAGGAGUCUGGCGCUAUCUCCAAAAUGCCUAUGCCCGUGAAGAAUUUAUUCACACAUGUCCUAAAGACAAAGAAAUUGAAAAUGCUUAUGCAAAUGUGGCUAAACAGAAGAGUUAA